AAAAAAAAAGAGAGGGAGAAGAAAGAGCGUUUGCUGAAGAUGACCUUGGAAGAAAGACGCAAAGAGUACUUAAGGGAUUAUGUUGCAUUGAAAAAUAUUCCAACAUGGAUGGAAGACUUAAAAAGUAAGAGCGAAAGUGAUGGUGAAAACACUAAAGAAGAUCUGCAAGGGAAGAAAAGCCUGAGCGAGAAAGUUUCUCUCUAUAGAGGUGACAUUACACUGCUUGAGGUUGAUGCCAUCGUUAAUGCUGCUAAUUCCAGCCUUCUUGGAGGUGGAGGAGUGGAUGGCUGUAUACACAGAGCUGCUGGGCCCUGCUUAGUUGCUGAAUGUCGCAACCUGAGUGGCUGUGAGACUGGACAAGCAAAAAUUACGUGUGGAUAUGACCUACCUGCAAAAUAUGUGAUCCAUACUGUUGGGCCGAUUGCAAGAGGCCAUCUCACUGACACUCAUAAAGAAAACUUGGCAAAUUGCUAUAAAUCCUCCCUGAAACUGGCAAAAGAAAACAACAUCAGAUCAAUUGCAUUUCCCUGUAUUUCAACAGGAAUUUAUGGUUUUCCAAAUGAACCUGCUGCUGUCAUUGCCCUUAACACUAUUAAGGAAUGGUUAAGCAAGAAUCACAAUGAGGUGGAUCGUAUCAUCUUUUGUGUCUUUUUGGAGAUUGACUACAAAAUUUUCAAGAAGAAAAUGGGCGAGUUUUUCCCUCUAGAUGAUGCUAAUGAAGAAGGGACUCCGCUGUGUGAAGAGACAGAGGGAUUGGAACAAAAAGGCCAGCCUCCAUCUCCCACAAAGAGCAAAGCAGAACAGCCUGAGGAUCUGCAAGAUGAUGCUGAAGGUGGUAGCGGCACAGAGGAGAAGCAAAACACCGAAGAAGCUGAGGCCCAGAGCCGAGAAGCAGAUGAGAUGAAACCUUCAGCUGUAGCCAGCCUAUCAUCAUCAGAAGAAACAGAGCUGAGUGAGGAUAAAGACUCCCUGAAAGACCCCAAAGGUGCACAGGAGAGUGACCCAGCUCAUCCUGUGGGAUGUGAACAAGAUCAAGCCGAAGGACAACAGGAUGUUUCUGCAGAGGAGGAGAUGAAACCUGGGGCAGAUUCCCAAAGCUCCUGCAUGGAAAUAGAAGAGCCAUUGUUGAACCAAGAAGACACAACAGAAGUUGAGAUACCUUUGAUUCAUGGUGCAGAGGAAAAAGAAGAAGGAGGAAAAGAAGAAGAAGAAGGAGGGGGUCAGGGGAAAAAGGAAACUUCUGCGGAGCCUAUGAAAGUUGACCUCGCAUGUGAAGCAGCAGAUGUUUCAAAUAAGGAUGCUGAAAUGAAUAGUCAAGUUGAAAGUAUAAAUGAUCCUACGGAAACACAGCGGGAAGCUUAA